UUUCAGAAUUCAUUGUGGAUUUCGAAAAUUGCUAAUAAUAAAGAACGUUAGAUUCUCUGUGAAUCUGUACAGAUAUCCAAAAUGGAUGCGGAUCCGAAUAGAAAAGAUCCUAGUGAAUCAUCAAUGGAGGAAGAAGAAGUCGACAUACACAUUUGUGGAAAAUGUCGUAUGGAAUUCCUUGAUCUUGAGAAAUAUGUCAGCCAUAAACGUAAAGGAUGUAAGAAGAAAAAGGCCAUAGAUCUACAGGUGUCCAACAAUACCACAAUGGAAGAGAUCUCCGUGCCAAGUGUUGGUGUAUCGAUGGAUGCUAUCUCAACUGUCAAUGUCCCCCAGGUGAUGACACAAGCUGAAGAGAAACAAAUCAGUGGAACAGAUAUGAUAACACAAGGCAGCACAGAAACUACAACAGCAAUGGAAGAAAAUGUCAAUACAAAUAUUGGUGCUACACUUGAUGAAGUCAUCAAAUCAACAAUUGCUGCUACCGAAGCUGCUGCCAAUGAAGCUGCCAAUGUAGCUGCCAAUGAGGUCUUGGAAACAGGUACACAUGUGACAGUGACUGGAACAGAUGCAACUGGGCAAACUGUUAACCUCACUUUGCCCAUUGAAGAGCUCCAUAAAUCUCUCAUUGGGUCUGAGGUUUUGGAAACAACUCAGGUCAAACCCAAAGAGACUAAAAUCAAUGACUCUAGCAUCACAAUAACAACCAUGGAUGCAACAGCAGAUCCAGAAAACAAACUGCCCAAGUACAACUUCACACCCCGUAGCUCAGUACAUCGCAGAUUUAAGUGUGAUUAUGAGAACUGUCCAUUCACUUCUGCUUACCAGAAAGAUCUCGAAAGACAUAUCAGGAUCCAUACUGGAGAGAAACCAUUUGUGUGCCCAGAAUGCAGCAAGGCUUUCAACAGAGCUGACAAAUUGAAGAUCCACACUAGAGGCCAUACUGGGGAUAAACCAUUCAAAUGUGACGAAUGUUCUUAUGCAGCCUCUGAUAGCAGUAGCUUGAAGAAACACAAAAGAACACACACCAAUGAAAGACCAUUUAAGUGUCAGAUUUGUCCAUAUGCCAGCAGGAACUCCAGCCAGUUGAUAGUGCAUCUUCGGUGCCAUACAGGGGAUUCUCCCUUCCAGUGCCAACAGUGUGAUGCAAAGUUCAAGAUCAACUCUGACCUUAAGCGUCACAUGAGGACCCACACUGGGGAGAAACCAUAUCACUGUCCUAUGUGUGAUUACAGGUGUGCCAUUAAAGGGAAUCUUAAAAGUCAUAUGAAGAUUAAUCACUCUGAGGAGAAUCUCAUUCAAUGUCCUCAAUGCGAUUUCCAUACAUCCUCACGACGAAUGAUUAAAGAUCACAAAAAGUCACACUACGAAGUCACACGUCCUACAAAGUGUACAUUCGAAGGCUGUUAUUUUUUCUCUACCUCCCUCCAAGCUAUGAAAGUACAUAAAAGGUCACAUCUUAAUAACGAAGACCGACCUUACAAGUGUUCUCAAUGUAUGUAUUCAGCACGACAGGCUGGAAACCUCACUGCCCAUAUGAAGAAAAAGCAUGGUGAUAAAAAGAAUGAGAAAUGGAAAAUCAAAAACUCAAAGAAGAAAAUUGAGAUCUUCAAAGUAAAGGAAGGAAAGAUGGCAAAAACGGCAGAGUUGAGUAAACAGGAAAUGGGUGUAUCCUCGGAGGAAGAAGAUGAGGAGAAAGGAAAAAGAGGACGUGCAAAAUCAAUGCAAAUUCCACGCUGUAUUCAAACUUUCAAGUGUACAGAAUGUAGUGCAACAUUUGUUCGGGAGGAUUCUCUCCGGAGUCAUAUGCGGCAACACAAAGAAGUUGAUACUAUGAAAAUCUUGGAAAGUACGGCCAUCGCUGUAUUACAGCUUCAUAACAAUUCAGUGAACCAGUAUGAUACUACUACUACAAGUGCGCCAUCUACAACUGCAUCUCCCGCUGUUCCUUCAGUUGAACAUCAACCCCCAGUCCAACAAGCGGCUCUUACUUCAAACACCCCACCAAACAUGCCUCUUGUUCGAUUGGUUAGUGGUCCCAUUCCUCAGCAAUCUAUACAGCAUUCAAGCAUUCAGGCUGUUCAAACUAAUCCUGAACUUACGUCACGACUCAUGACUCGCAAUGCCCCUGUGACAUCACAAAUACAGCCAAUACAGAAUCAACCAAUCACAAUCACAACGCUAGAAACAUACAACUCUAGAAAACCAUCUACUACUUGUUCGACGGGAACUACAUACACAACCUUGACCCCUCAAUAUAGUCACCCAACAACAUCAUUACAACUGCAACAGUUACCUCGGCAACAAGAGCAUGCUGGGAUUGUUUAUCAUGUCCAACCAGCUAUGAAUCGAUUUCCAAUUCAGCAAGAUAUUCAAGUUCAUCCAUCGGCGACUCCUUUGUACACUGAACCACUCAUCCGUGGCUAUUCUACUGCAAUGUCGUCAAAACCGAAUAAUAUGCCACCUAGUGGAGAGAAUACUCAAGUGGCGGCAUAUGAGGAGGCGAACCCCUACCCUAUUCAUUUCAUACAGAAUACAAAUCAAGGGUUGAUCCAGUAUCAGAAUAUCCCUUCUGACAUCAAUGUACCUGGGAAUGGACGACCUCAGUUGUCCACCAUAGAACUUACACAGAUAGGACACCAAG